AUGGGAAGGUGUGCCUUCCCCGCUCCCCACCCCCAUUGUUCUCCAGCAGGGCGUUGUCCCAGGGACCCUGCCAGACCAGUUGGAACUGACUGAUUUGUCCCUCCUCGGUCAAAAACUUCCCAGUAUAUACCAGCGUUUGUGGGACCAAGCAGCCCAACGGAGGUCGCUUCUGGGGGAGCAACACAGUACUGAGCGGGUAAGAUGCCUGCAAUCCCUAGUAGAACGGGAACUGAUACUGGAUAAUAUCUACCGGGAGCUGUGGUGGCACGCAAUACAACAGGAUGUCUGGCUGUCGGAGGGGGCUUCGCCGGAAGGGAAGGACUAUGGUGGCCUCGGUCUGGUAUGGAGGGCCCUUGAGGAGGACAAUGAUUUCGGCAGUCCUACCCAGUCACGCUACUGGGCCAUUUAUGCCCACCGGAAUGCUGUGCUGCAGUAUCCCUCACUCCAGGGAUUGGGACCUGACCUUGCCCGUCUGUCUGCAAUGGAGUUGGAAAUCAAAAGAGAUUAUGUGGAGCUACUCAACGCAGUUCAGUCACCAGGCAGUGGCGCAGAACAGGAGAUCUGGAUGACAUCCCCAGACCUGCCACCUUACAGCUGGGAAGAUCCAGAAGGGGACCGCGGUGAAUGCAUUCACUACCAGCUGAAAAAGUAG